CUUGCGACGAUGAACAAGUCAUCUAACAGCGUCCAUCAGUGCGAUACUUCACCUCAAGAAAUACGAAUAACCAACCAUGGUAAAAUUCACACCUGGGUUGCCUUUGCCCUGGAGUAUCUACAGAAAGACGGAUCCAAAUCUAUCGUCCUGCACACACUUCCUGUCCCUCGGAACCCCCAGGAAUCCAAGCCAGCAUCAAAGGGAUCUCUCUCGACUGCAACAACUACCAUCCCGAGACUCAUCUCUGUCGUCGAAAUCAUUAAGAGAGAGUAUAUCAAAAUGUUGGAAUCGAAGCAACUGCCGAAGCAUCUUGGUCUGCACCAGUACAAUGAAGUCGGUUCCCUCGAAGACAUAAGUCUUGGUGAGGAGGACACCAUACUCACAGAUAAAGAGGAGACGCGAGCCACCUCGAUAAUAAUGGCUUUGGAGGGGAAAAAUUAUCCAAAGCAAGUACAAACACCUUUCAUGAGGAUCACUUUGAGCCACUAUGAGUUACCUGAGCUUGUGGUAAAGGGCGCAACAUAUCAAUCCCCAUUGCAAAGAAAGUUGUCAAAAUCUGCCAAAGCUAGAGCGAAGAAACGGGAAAGAAAGGUCCUGGAAACGGCGUCGACUGGUAGCAAGGAUAUGCAACCCAGUUGAUAAUUUGCUGGGUGAAAGCUACAUUUUUACAUUAUUGACUUCAUAAUGAACUUCGUAAGAUUACAGCUAGACAGAGACUGAUGAGACAUAGCCAUGUAUGCGGUACUCCGUUGUAUCGUGUCAUAUCAGCAGAAACAACAGACCAAGAUGAUUACUGAACAAAAGCUGGGAAGAGAAAUGCUCGUUUUACAACUAUGGACAGUGAUAGCCAUGGAGGAA